AUGAAGUUCACAACAAUUUUUGCUCUGCUAAGUGCUUCAAUGGUUUCGGCCAAGAUCUCUCGUCAACCAAAGUCUCCCAACAAUCCAAAAGGAAAAUAUGUAUCAGAACUAUUGCAGGGUGCCAAGCCAACCAAGAAUUCCCAGCUUGAGCGAAGGCUGGAUCAAAACUAUGAGGUCGAUAUUUCUCAGUAUUCUGUCAAAUUCCAAAAGUGUCAAUUUGUCAAGUCUUACGAUGAUGAUCUAGCUGCUGAUGAAGACAUGCCAACAGUUCUUGCCACAAAGAGAUUUAUCGUCUUCCGACUAUGCCCUGACAACAACUGCGAAAGUUGCAGCAACGGCUACGGUGAAUAUCUUGUUGAUCUAGAAACAUACCUCGCCGCUACUGUUGAUUACCAAAAGGGAAUUCAACAAGCGAUGUGCAAUGCUUGCCAGAACAACUGUGUCUUUGAUGAUGAUCAAUACAACAAUAAUGGCGACGACGAUGGGGCCCAACGCAAGUUGGAAAAUUACCCGUACUCACUCAACUGCAAUACUUGCUACGAAGAAUGUAGUAAAAUUGAGAACAUGGAAAAGAAUGGAUACAGAGACGCAACGGACUUCUUGGAAUGUACAGUGAUCCACGAUCCUGAAGACGAUGACAAGACCGCACUGUAUGCUGGUCCAAUGUGCGCAAGUUCUGGCUACAAGAUUAAGAUUGGAGUUUUCACUGAUCAAUACUGUAGCAUUCUGGACGCGGACAAGGAUGUUGACGACUACCUCAUGAGCGAUGAUGGAACUCAAUCAAAGCUUUCUCAUGCUCUAUUGAAGACUGUGUACACCGAUGGCUACUGUGUAUCAUGUGCAGCAUACAACAACGGAAAUGAUGAUGGUGGUCAAGCAAACGAUAUGUGUGACGAGCUCUACCAAGAAUCAGCCAAGUGCGAAAAGGCCCAUGGCUUUGAUAAUGGAUAUGCCAACUACGACAGUGAUUACCAAAAUCAGCUGGCACAAGAAGAAAUCGUGUGUGAUUUCAUUGAUUCUAUCAAGGCAGGAAGCUACGAUGACUACGGUGAAAUCGUUGUCACUGGUGCCAACCUCUCAAGCAGUGGAACAACUACAACCAGUGGUCAAAAGCUUGCCCUUUCAUUUUUUGUCUUUGGCACCAUUGGGCUUGCUUUCUACGCCGGAAAGCUGCACCGAGAGCUCACGAAAGGAAUUGGACCGGGUCCUGGACUUGCAGAGCAAGGUGGAACUAUGGCGUAA